GGAAAACGAUUUGUUUGGGUUUAUGCGCGAAUACAACAAAUUGUCGUCCUGAAUAAUUAAGAAAGAUCGACUGAUCCCCAGCGAAUACCGAGUAGAGCUGUGAAGCGACACAAAGAUGGUUCGAGUGAAGCAUAGAUACAUUCUGGUCCAGAUCCGGUGUAACGACCGACCGGAGAGUGAUCCGGUUUCCAUUUCAUCCAACGCACUGCAGAACUACAUCCGCGAGCGAGUGGAACGGUUUUACGGCGAGUUUGGGGCCGCCAGCCUCGGGCGGAUGAAUGUGAUCUAUUUUAACGCCAAAACGCACCUUUGUAUCAUACAGUCCCGGCAUGGGGCGCAUCGGUUUAUCACGAGCAUACUACCCCUUCUAACAUUGGCGGACAAAGAAGCGGCACGCUACCGGACACUAUAUGUCGGUGCAACGUUACAGCAGUGCCACAAGUACAUCAUUAAGUAUCAACAACGGUACAUUAACAAAACUAUCGGUAGCUGCAGGGGAAUGGUGCAGAAGCAAAAACUGAUUCAGGAUGUUACGAAAAUGAAGCGCCUUUAGUGUGAAGCAGCGGAUAGGGGAGGAAAAAACGCUUUUAUUUGUUUAAAAACUAGGACGAAGGAAGCUUAUACAAGGAUAAUACACCACUCGCGACGAAGCAAGUGCUGUGUGCGUAAGAA